AAUCUAGGCAAUAGGUAAAGAUGUCACAUUUUGCUUUUGCUAAAUUUGCCCUGUUAAAUAAUGGUGAACUUGUUGGUGAUAAGCAUCUUUUGUUAACAGUGAUGAUUGGCUCUCAGAUAGGAGAGGCCUUAUUAGUGUCCAACACGAGUGUGGCGUGUCCUGGAGAGGCAGUUUUGUUCACAUGCUCUAAGCCUGCCGCUGUACUGAGAUGGCAAGUGGAUCCUCCAGCGAAGUCUGGGUUGAUGUCAGUUCAAAGUACACUCUUUAUUGGUUCUUAAGUUGGUCGAAGGGACACAGUUAAACUUAUAGACUUUUAUUGCACAUGCAUAGGUAAUUCAACCUCUCCAUUAAACCCAAGAAUAUCCUCCACUCAAAACCAGCUCAGCUCCUCUCUUGUUAUUCUGGACUGGGAGUCACCCUCCUCUACUGGUGGUGUGUCUGUUAGCUAUAUAUCCUCGUCAUUUCCCCAACACCUCUCUCCAGGUCACCAGUCACCGUAGAAAGUCAAACCACCUCGGCACAGUUCAAUAUCUCCUACAACAUUCCCUAUAACGUGACCAUCAGAGCAGUUAACUGUGUUGGCAGUAGCCGUGACAACAUGGUGAUGAUCCCUUCUAUUGCCACACUGACAUCCAACUUCUCCGUGGCUUGUCCUGAUGACACUGUCACCUUCACUUGCACUCUGCCUGGAAGUAGUUUUAUUCAAUGGGCAAUCAUGCAAGGAAAUGUUAUAAGCACUAUAACAUUAGAUGCCUCAUCAAGAGACAGGAAUGAAGGUGCAUUUCAUGGUGUUCUCACUGACUCAAGUGGAGGAAUGCUCACUGCCACUCUCACCUCACUGUCUGAUGCCUCAACUGUGGAGGGCACUAUGGUGGAGUGUGUGGGACUGAGCUCACGAGAGGGUCCUCUCACCAUCACUGUGGCUGAUCCACCCUCACGUCCACUCAAUCCAAGAGUGUCAUUCACUCUAAACCAACCCAGCUCCUCUGUUAUCACUCUGGAGUGGGACCCUCCCUCUUCUACUGGUGGUGUGUCUGUCAGCUACGUCCUCACCAUCUCCCAAACACCUCUCUCCGGGUCACCAGUCACCGUGGAGACCACCUCCACACAAAUCACCAUCUCUUACAACACAUCCUACAAUGUGACCAUCAAAGCUGUCAACUGUGCUGGAAUGAGUCAAAAAACUUCAAUUGUUGAUUUGAUUGUGUGCCCCACAACAUCUAUACUGCUGCUGGUGUUACUAUCACCAACGCACCUCCUGUCACUAUUAGUGGAUCCAUGCUCACCUUCACUUGCAGUGGAGACAAUGAAGUGAUAACCUCAACCUGUGACAGUAGUGGGUGGUCUCCUGACCCUGGGACCUUUGACUGUAGCAUCUCAGUUACAGAUCCCCCAGUCACCUGUGGUUUUCCUGCUGCACCGUCUAGAGGCAGUUUGGACAUCAGUGAAAGGCUACCACCCUUCUUACUGGGUUCACAGGUCAUCUACCGGUGUGAUGAAGGACUGUUCCCCCCUGAUGUGAGGACCAGCACAUGCACUGAUGUGGGGGGUAGGGGAGAGUGGGUGGAGAAUCCUGGGAGCUUGGUGUGCAGGGAGAGGCCAGCCAACUGCUCUCUUCCUCUUGAGCCAUGCAAUGGUGCCAUAGUGGACUAUGAGAGGUUGAAUGAGAUAGUGUCGGAGGGAACAGUGCUGACUUACCAGUGUGACAGUAGACUCUCACUGACUGGACCCAACAACGUCACUUGCACUAAUGCUGGAGUCUGGAGCACAGAGCCCGAGGCAAUCAUUUGUGUACUUAUGACUGAAGUUUCUACUGUCGCUCCUUUGUUCUCCACUUCUGCAACUGUCGCUAUCAGUGUGGUCAUCACUUUCAUUGUCACUCUAGUCAUUGGAUUCCUCACUGGACUCCUAGUGAUGCAUGUUUUCUCUCGUAAGAAGGCAGUGUACUCCCCGGCAACUGAAGGACAAGCUAACGUAGGACCCACUACACUAGCUGGUCCUGUUUAUGAAGAGGUGUCACCCACAGAGGAGAUUGAACUGAACACUAACCAGGCGUAUGGACCAGUAGGACUGUGAACCUCGUUCACUCUUUAUUUUAAUAUUCAAUAGCAAUAAAACUUUCAUUAUUAUACCGUGGUUUUUCUGACUUCCUCAAUCGAGUAAUAAAAUCUUUUGAACCAAA